UCACAGCUGCAACACAAAAUAAUAAUCUUCGUUUUCUACCCUCACACCUCUUUACUUUCUUCUUCUCAUCUCUGUUCCUGUAUGUACUUUUCAGUUCAGAGCCAGAGUUGAAAGACCUCAAGUUUGGAUUUCAAUCUGCAAAAUCUGAUUGAUUUUCAGGUGAUUUGCAAAGAUGAGUGUUAUGUAUAGUCCUGUUUUCAAGUACUCAGAUGUAGAGCCUCAGCUAAGGAAAAACCAAGAAAUGGAUUCAAGUAUUGGAAAUCCACAACAACACUGUCACCAACCCAAUUCUGGAUUACUGAGGUACUGUUCUGCUCCAAGCUCAUUGCUCACAAGCCUUGUUCACAACAACAUUCUUGACUGUGUCAACGAGGAAUCUUUCACGAGUGAGAUUCAACAGCAUUAUGUUCCAUCCACAAGUUCAGAAAUGGACACCAUGUUGUCGAAAUUGCUGCCAUCCAACGAUGGAUGGAACAAUUCAGAAGCUUUGCAAGAAUUUGGAAGCAAGCCUGUGAAGCAGGAAAUAGGGGAAUCUGUUCCACAAGGACCACCACCACAACAACAGAAUGAAUAUUCUUAUGGUGGCUCUCAUUUAAUUUACCAGUCACAGGAAAUUCAAGGCUUGCCAAAUGGUUCUUCCAGUGCUUCUGGCAAUGCUUUUGGUGGCUCUUUUGAUGUGGUGAACACCAUGGCCUCUGAGAAUCCUCUUCAAUCUAAAAUGGGUGCCAGGAAUUGCUCCAAUCUCUUCAGGCAAAAGAGCUCCCCUGCUGGAUUUUUCUCCAUUGAAAAUGAUCUUGCAGCAUUGAGAGAAGUAGAUGCCUUUAAAGCCAAUGAUGUUUCAAAUAGACAGGCUACUACAUCAACUAGUGGCUAUAGUGGUUCUCUUGCUUUCUCAUCCAGGCCAUCUUCAUGCCUGAAAAAGAUGCCACAAAUUGCUGAAAAUGAAAAUGAAAAUUGUGACCAAAGUAGGAUCCUAGUUAAUGAAGAUGGUAACUCAAAGUUCUACAUACCUAGCUUCACCACUGAAAUCUGGGAAAGUUCUUCGUUCAAUGCCCCCAAAACAGAAAGUGAUGAUGAAAUCAUGUUUUCCACCUCAAAUGCUUUGGAAUCUCAGGAAUCAGAUUUUGGCUAUCAAAAUCUUGGUCUGACCCACCAUUUGAGCCUACCUAGCUCUUCUACAAAGAUGUCAUCCAUAGAGAAGUUUCUUGAAGUUCAAGGUUCAAUUCCUUGUAAAAUUCGAGCCAAAAGAGGCUUUGCCACUCACCCAAGAAGCAUUGCAGAGAGGGUAAGAAGAACAAGAAUCAGUGAAAGAAUCAAGAAAUUGCAAGACCUUUUCCCAAAAUCAGAAAAGCAAACAAGCACAGCAGAUAUGUUGGAUUUGGCAGUUGAGUACAUUAAGGACCUUCGGCAACAAGUUAAGGUACUCUCAGAUUGUAAAGCAAAAUGCAAAUGUAGUAGUAAUGAGAGCCAUUGCACUAGAACUUGUGCCUGAUAUAUUUACAUGUAGAUAGCAAUGUUAUGGAGAAUUUUUUAGUGUGCCAAAGUUAGCCAUUGUAAUUAUAUAAAAUAAUGCUGAGAUUUGCCUGGUUUAAGUUUAGAUCCAGGUCAAUAUUUUUCACUUUUGAUUUAUAGUUUGAUUUAGAGCCAUAAAGUCCUACAGCAUGUUUGGCAGAAAUCUUGCAGCUCUUCAUUUUUACCUGUAAAAUGUUUUAUUGGAUUACUGAUCUGAGUUACUUGAUGUAGCACAAACUUCAGUAUAAUGUUAAUACUGAAUUUUUAUGUGGAGAUUGCUUUUGAAACUAGAAAUUAUGAUCUUCGAUUCAGCUUC